AUGAACGCACUGGAUUUCCUAAUUGACUUCGCCACACUCAUCGGCACUUCAAGCCAAUCGAAGACGCAUCAAGAUGAGAACACUAGCGUCUUGAUUGAUUCAGGGCGGUAUCUAGAAGCAGAGUCAGUAGCUCAGAUCCCUCACUCCGCUCUUGAGCAAUACCAUUUCAUCGACAAAACACCAAGAGAAACUACAGACACAUCACUUCCACAGCCAUCGUUCCCUGCAAGCCAUUGGCCUGAUCAACAUGCCUUUGAAUACGAACUCGAUGGAAGCCCGUCUUUUCCUGUUCAACACGACAAUCACAUCUGGCAGGAUUUCAAUCGACAUGUACAGCAAGACUGCAGCUCUGGCCUCCCCUACGAACUUGUUCCUGUCACACAAUAUGGAUGGAGCCAACAGACCGAAGACUUCCAACCAUGGAGCAUGUUCUAUGACGAUAGUUAUACCCAAAGUCCCGCUCCAGAUGUAUGGUACUAUCCCUGGACAGACCAUUUCUUCCAGCCUACGCAGCACCCAGACACACGCUACGCACCUAUUUCAGAGGAAAACCUAUCCAGCCAGCUCCCAUGUAACGAGAGCGUUUGCAGGUGCCAGCAUCUGAAUUCACAGAGCCACUACCAGACCGAGGACAUGCAGCAAUACUGGGAUAUUGCCGAAGCGCCGUUGGCCUCGGAAACAAUGCACACAUAUAGCAAUUGGGCACUACAACUACCAGAGCCACUACUUCCAACCCAGGAUAGCAAGAUACUCAUGGAAAACUGA